UCAUACCAGGAAUUUAGUCACUACCUCAGCUUUUUGUACUGAAAGCAAUAGCAACGAUGUCCAAUCCUUCAUCCAACCCUAGUCCAACCGCCAUUGCCAGCGGCGCUUCCGCGGGAGAGUCCGAAGCCAGAAACAGAAUUGACGCCAGAAAUGGUGCUCAAGCGGCUAAAAAUGAUGCCGAUGCGAUUGGAAAUGAUACCAAGAGCGCUAAUGAGGCCAAAGAUAGUAAUGAUGUCAGCAUAGCCAGAAAUGCUGAUGCCAAUGGCAGUUCUCCCGCCGAAGCAUUGCAGGUUCCUAUUGCAGUGUCCAUUACAGACAGUAGCGGAAAGCCUAUCGGUGACGGCAACUUGGAGACCUCUGUCACCCAGAAGGCGCCAGCGGUGGCAGUUGUGGCGGCCACAUCCACCGUAGAGGAGGUCCAGACUCCUGAGGGGAUGGUCAGACGAACGAAGAAGCGGAAGCUCAGAAAGGUGGUCAAGCCACCGUCACAGGUCUUGAAGUACGUUUGGCUCGGCUGCCACGUGCUGACGCUCGUUUGUGGCCUCGGAUACCUCCUCUUUUUCCUCACUUUCCAAAAGAGACGCGUGGUGGCGCGCAUCUUGUACCGUGCGACUUUCUCGCUGAUUAUCGUCGCCUACGCGUUAUCGCUCCAUAACAAGUUUGGAACCACUUUUCCAUCGUACUUCUUGCUCUUAAGCGGGGAGGCAUUCCAGUACUUGCUUCUAGCGAUUGUCUGGUUGUUCACGUUUGCGUCAAUGAUGAAAUUGUUGCCGUUUUACUUAGUGGCCGUGUUACAGGUGGCCAAUUUUUUCCACAUCCAGCCAAUCUUGCACUUCGAUGCGACGUUCGCCAAGGUUAUUGCCUAUGACGAGCUCGUGAUUAUCUUGUACUUGCUCUUCAAGACAUUGAUCUUCAGAUCGACCUCUGGCUACCAGUUGGUGCUCUUCUGCGGAUUCUACCGGUUGAGAAUCUUAUAUUCGCCACCAACCCGCGCAUUGGUCGAGCAUGUGAUUGAUUUGGCCGAUGCGAAGGUCAGCGGGGUCAAGAAUGAGAAGGUAGUCAAAGCCUGGGGUGAAUUCAAGGACUUUAUGGUGGAGAAGCGAAAGGAGAGCAAGCUCUACCAAACUCAGGAAGAAGCCAAGGCUGUGACAAAGUCUCAGCUGAAGCAGACCAAGGCUGAGACGAAAUAGUGAGGAGAGAAGACUGGUGGAGACCGAACCCUAUCAAUUUUACGCAAUACGUAUGUAAAUUUUAAAUGUGUGUAGAGAAGGUCGGGGCACGAAAGACAAUCAAUUGGUAAACAGGCAAACUUAAUUGCAGCUACAGUACAAGAGGGAAGUCCACGAUACAAAUCAUAGCUGAGCUGGGAGUUAUUUUGUGAGCGCUAUUAUCAAUUGGCGGGUUAAAGGCUCACCAAGGUGUAAGCCAUUUUCAAACUCGCAUGCAGAAAUUGGUCUUCACAAUAUUGCUUCUAGCGUUUGAUUCAAAUGAUAACAGAGUCAAGGUGUCAGUGGAUGCCAAAAAGGCUUAGAGGGUAUCAAGCUUUCGAUUUUGUCUGUCC